UAAUCCGCAAAACACGUCGCUGCGCCAGGUAGAACUGUUGAAAUACCAGAGUCUAACCCGGUGAAAAGAUCCGGAGCAGACGGGCAGAAAGAAGAGGCAGAGGGGGAAUACUAUGUGAAAUCCUGCCCAAGGUAUACGGUCGCUUAAAAGGCUUAAAAGCUUGGAGAAAAUUGGAUCAGGGAGAAUCGUCACCCAACUUUCAUUAUUUCCAAGUGGUGUGAUUGAAUUAAAGGGCAAGAUGGUGGUUGGAAAGGAGUGGGGUGGACGGGGAGAGGGGUGGAGGCGGUGGUGGAGGGGUGCGUAAUGGCGUGGUAUUAAAUUCUAAUUAGAGAUGCAGGGGAUCAAUGAUAGGGAGGUUGGACAGCCCGGGCCCCCAGUGCCAGCCCAAUAGACUGAUGAGUUAUUGUCAUGUAAAAAAGCGCUAGCAAUAAGACCAAACGCUUUGCUAUUGUCCAAGCGGAAAGAGCCAAGUUUAUUAUGAGGACUAUAUGCUCUAGAGACCUCGGGCUAGGCGGCUCUUAGGGGGCUUUUCAUAAAACAGGGAUAGGUUCCUAUAAAGGAGGCCAGUUUUGGAGCAGGCGCUGAGCAGUGAACAUCUACCCACCGUCCAGCCUCCUUCCAACCAGUUCAAACCCAACCAGCCAUCGUUCCCCCCAUCUCAGACCGGGCGCUCUCGUCAGUCUUGUUCUUUGUUGUUUUUUCUUCCCAGCCCCGUUUUUGGGUGUUUUUUUUAUUUGAGAUUUUUCCCGGGAGGUGCAGCUUUCUAACUCCACCGAGCGUUCUCAAAUGUAUAAAAUGGAGUAUUCUUACCUAAAUUCCUCUGCCUACGAGUCAUGUAUGGCCGGGAUGGACACGACGAGCUUGGCAUCGGCCUAUGCGGACUUCAGCUCGUGCAGUCAGGCCAGUGGCUUCCAGUACAAUCCCAUCAGGACCACUUUCGGGGCCACCUCCGGCUGCCCGUCCCUCACGCCGGGGUCCUGCAGCCUGGGGACGCUGCGAGACCACCAGAGCAGCCCGUACGCCGCAGUUCCCUACAAACUCUUCACGGAUCACGGCGGACUGAACGAGAAGCGGAAGCAGAGGCGCAUCCGGACCACGUUCACCAGCGCCCAGCUGAAGGAGCUGGAGCGGGUUUUCGCUGAAACGCACUACCCCGACAUCUACACCAGAGAGGAGCUGGCGCUCAAAAUCGAUCUGACUGAAGCCAGAGUGCAGGUGUGGUUUCAAAACCGACGCGCCAAGUUUCGCAAGCAGGAGCGGGCCGCUGCAGCUGCUGCGGCUGCGGCCAAGUCCAGCUCCGGCAAGAAGUCCGACUCCAGGGACGAAGACAGCAAAGAGACCAAAUCCACUGACCCCGACAGCACAGGAGGACCGGGACCGAACCCGGUGCCCACCUCCAACUGCGGCGGACCGAGCCCCACCGGAGGCCAGGUCAACACCUCCGGGAACGGACCGGUGGACCAAGUCAAGACGUCCGUGUCCGCCGGGAUGGGCGUGACGGCACCGAGUCAAGGCUGGGCCACCGCCCCGGGGACCAUCACCUCUAUCCCGGACUCACUGGGCGGCCCGUUCGCCAGCGUACUGUCGUCGUUGCAAAGACAGAACGGAGCCAAAGCCACUCUAGUAAAAACCAGCAUGUUCUAAUAAGGCUUUACGGCGAGGGGCGAGAACAGCAGAGGAAAAGACGCGACCCCCCUCCACAGACUGGAAAGACUUACGGACAAUUAAAAGCAGUUAACGAGGCGUCAACGCUUUUAUUUUGUUUUUAUGCUUUGCGUCGUUUCUUGUGGUCAGCUGACACAACCUCUGUAUAAAUACCCACCUUAACGAGUCUCAUAGCAACAACAUAGAGUUUAAACAAGUGCGAGACGGCUCACGUGCUUCCUGAUAGAUUCAAAAUAAACAAUUUACCGAACGAACUCCAUCAAUCAGCCGGUACCAUACGUACAUUCUAAGCAAGAGGCCAUUUCUCAGCGCAAAGCAUUUUAGGAGGCAGGAACACACGGCUGGAGUGACUCGUUAGGAUGAAGACACUUUUAUACAAACAGACGUCAGCGCGCUGGAAACGCGCAAUGGCACCAGAGAGCGACGGAGCCUCCUUCAGCCCCAAAUGUCAGAGUUCAACAGCUGCUUUGUUUGCGAGAGACGUUCGAUUCCCGCCGAGGACGCGCCGUCUGAAGCUGUGACGCGUCGUCCGCAGACGCGACCUGCUGCGUGGAAGAGGCCUCCUGCGGCCGCGGUUUUGUUUCCAGGGCUGCUGAGAGUUUAGUUUCUUUAAAUUAUCGAUAUAAACACAAAUUAUUUCCUCGAAGAAAAAAAGGCACAAACGACUGCAAUGUUCACCUCUGACAGGAAAUCUGUAUGUUUUGUGUGUCUUUCUACGGCAGUGUUUUUGUGGCUCAAAUUGUAUAGUGUUAAUACGUAUUAUUGUCUCCUAUAGUUGAACCAUAGGUCAUACUCCCUUGUAGAGCGAUCAUACGAAAAGUCUUUUUGAUGUUUUACAAAAUUCCCUCGAAAAAAUUUAUUUUGGGUAAAAAGGGAAUGGAUGCAAACAUUGUAUUUAUUUCUGUAUAAUUUGCAUGUUGUCUCUUUGUCUGAUUUUAAGAUGAUUUCUCUCCCAUUUUGUGAGCAUUAUGUAACAUGUUUUGUCCAGGAUCUGAAAGUUAUUUAUAUGUAGGUAAUGAAUGCUUAUAUUUAAGAAGGAAAUAUUUCUACAUGUGCACAUAGUUUUCCAGGUGUACCAUUGAAAUGGUUGUUGAUGAUAAAAAAAAAAAAAAACAAUAGUUCAAGA